UUAAUAGCUUGCCUUCGGAUAUAUGUAUACGCUUACAAGCCAAACCAUUAGUUUUACCGAGUGUAUAUAUGCGACCAAAACAAUCAAAAGUCUAAGAAAAUUAGGUAAAUUCUUUGUUAAAUCAUGUGAUAAGCAUUAUUUGCAUGAAUUGUUUUUGCUCUAUAGAGCAAUCUAAUCAAACUACAACUACGAAAUCCAUAUAUAUAUGUAUAUAUUUGGAGAUAAAAAAAAAUCUGGAACUGUAGUGAUUUUAAAUGUUAUUAAUGAAAAUUUGAAUUAAUUAAAAAAAACAAGAAAAGUCUUGACAAUCUUUUUCUUUAAAUUCAAAAAAGCAUUACGGUAACAGAGAAGCUCAUUUUAUAGCCUUUUAAAAUCAAAAUAUCUAUAAAAUUUCAGAAAUGUAACUAUUGUGACAUUCUUAAUGAAUUUUCGCGAUUUUUUUUAAAUAUUUUAUGUGUAGUGUUUUAAAUACAUCUUAUUGAUACGAGAUAUGUAAAAAAAAGGAGCGUUCACACGAGGCUAACUACUUCGCGUAAUGGAAAUUCUCGUCCACCUCAGGAACAUACGCUGACCCAAUAAGAAAGUAGUUAUUGGUUUUUUUCAUUGGAACAGUUAUUUCACAUUGUCUGGUUGCGGUCACAUGAUUUUCCUUCAAUAGGCAUGGCUAUCCAUUGUGGGCAAUAUUUGGCCUCGUUAAUAGGUCCUUGACAUUCAGACCAAUCAUAUGAUUAGAAGUUCUCUUCUCCGAUACGUCUCUACUGAAGUAAAGAAGAAGUCAUCUAAUUAAAACGAUAGCUCAGAAUUGUUGGGUAACAUCUGUGAAGACAGGCAAGUCAACUCGUUAAAAUGUUGAGAGAGCUGAAGGUAAAUCUGCUUGAAUUACUAUUUGUUUCUAAAAAGUUAAAUGUUCCAAAAAGUUUAAUAAACCAGUAAAAAUUAACUUUAAAUUCAAAAGGAAUGCAUUAACUUUAGAUUUAGCAGAAAAGCAAAUUUAACGAUUGUUCCAAAAAAUUUUCAGACAAGAAAUAAUAUUUUUAUUAGAUUAUGUAAUUAAAAUGAGCUUAUUGCGUGACUUUAUCACGGCUAAUGAUUUUGCAGCACUUCGUGAUUUCCUCAGUGAAGGGAUAAAUCCAAAUAUUGCAGAUUGCGAAGGGAACACACCUCUACACUUCGCCGUUUGUAAAAAGGAAGAACAUGAGCAAGAAUCGGAAGCUUAUUUGCAAGUUGUACGGGAAUUAAUUUAUUUUGGAGCCGAUGUGAAUCGUACGGACAACCUCGGAAAUACUCCUCUGCACUUCGCUGUUGGUUUUAGGAAAUACAAAACAAUGGAAAUACUUCUAAAAUGCAAUGCGGGAAUAGAUAUACAGGACGAUUUUGGAAAUACUGCAAUGCAUUAUGCCAUUGAUAACUGGGAGUUUUUACAGUGGAUAAUGACUAACCAUGAAUGUCCUGGAGUUCGAUCACAUGCCGAUUUGGAAGCCCUCAAACUUCUUAUGAAAUAUCAUCCGAAUAUCAACAUAUGUAACGGUUUAUAUGAAACUCCAUUGAUAUGGGCAGUGAAAGAACAGAAUCUUCAAAUUGUCCAAAUAUUACUCGAAGGAGGGGCCAACCCUUCAUUAAGCGAUUACCUUGAUCAGGAUUCCUUACAUUAUUCUUUAGAUAGAACAGAAAUUAAUGUUUCAAUUGUGACUGAACUCCUCAGACAUGAAAGUAGUCUUGCAUACAAAAAUACCUAUUCAGAAAGUGCGUUAGAUGUGUAUCUUGAAAGGCUUUACAAUGCAUCUCCUUCAGAACAAGAAAAAGCAAAGUAUUUAUUCAAACUUUUUGUGUUUCGGAAAAAUGAUUUUAACAGUAGAGAAUGUGAGAUAAUAGCAGACAUAAGCGGAAAAACGAAAAAUUAUCUGUGCCAAUUCUUUUGGUACUGCCGCUUUGAAAUUGAACAAAUGAAAGAUGAUGAACUUGUAACAGGUUAUACUGUUUUUGAUUUGGCUUCGAGGGGAUUUUAUUAUAGUAUUUCUGAAGAGAUACCGCAUUCAUUUGAAAUUUUUGAUAAAACACUAGAAAAAUUGAAGACAUGCGAAUAUACCAUAUAUAUUGACAUGAUCGUAUCUGGUAUUUGCAGAGAGUAUCUGGCUGUUAAAACUUCAGAAACUGGCUAUUGGAUGGACAGAAAUGGUGAACUAGUAGAAUUUUUAAAUUUUGACUCGCGUUUUCGCAUCUGUUAUUAUUUGAACAAUUUUGAAAUGUUUAAUUUGUUUCUGGCCUUUUCUUUUGACAGCUCCUUUUUUAAAAUCUGCAGAAUCUGCAACAUGUUGUAUAAAAAUGUAUGAAUGUUAUAUAUUUUUGAAAUUGAAUGUUUUUAAGACGGAAAUUCGAACUUCAAUAUUUUCAUCCUCAUAAAUCGUUGAAUGAAAAUGUUGAAAA